CACCGUAAAGGGACAGCUACACUUUAACUUCCACCUCACCUCACCGACCCUUUCCCCAUCACAACAACCACCCAACGCAGCUUCACAACCUUUCUUUCCCCAGACCAAUUGGAUACCUCUCUCCCCACCUUCUCUUGGUUUACUUCUUUUUCCCGAAUUGCGGUUCCCUUUCCCCCACCCACCACAAAUCCGAUCCGAUCCUCCAUCAUGUCCAUUUUCGAAGCGAAGGUCAAGAGCGUACUCUCUGGAGAUACAAUCGUCCUUCAUAACAUUACAAACCCAAAGCAAGAACGAGUCCUUAGCUUGGCAUUCGUUACAGCGCCGCGACUAAAGAGGGAUGGCGAUGAGCAAUACGCCUUCGAAUCCCGCGACUACCUGCGCCGCCUCCUCGUAGGUAAGGUAGUCCAAUUCCGCGUCCUCUACAAGAUCCCCACGGGCGUCAACCGUGAAUACGGUGUCGUCUCAUUGCCUAGCCGAAUCCAACUACCUGAAUCUGCCGUCGCCGAGGGAUGGGUCAAGCUUCGGGACGAUGCAGGUCGUAAGGAGGACUCCGGCGAUGCCGCUGCGCUCCUCGAGAAGCUUCAGGUCCUCGAGGCGCAUGCUAGGGCCGACUCGAAGGGUCUCUGGCAGGAGACUUCAAGCAAGAUCAGCUCGACUUCCGAGCUCAGCGAUCCCAAGAAAUUCGUAGAUGAGCACAAGGGCGAGCCCCUUGACGCCAUCGUCGAGAAGGUCCUCUCCGGCGACCGUAUGAUUGUCCGCAUCCUCGUAACACCCACCGAGCACGUGCAAACAAUGAUCCUCAUGGCGGGACUGCGAACACCCUCGACACAACGCACGAACCCGUCCGACGGAAAGGUGCAGCCGGCCGAGCCGUUCGGCGAGGAAGCACAGCAGUUCGUGGAGAUCAGAUUACUCCAGCGAAAUAUUGUCAUCGAUCUCCUGGGUACCAGCCCCAACGGACAGAUCGUAGCGAACAUCAAGCAUCCCAUUAACGGAUCCAUUGCACCGCACCUUCUGAAGGCUGGUCUCGCACGAUGCACAGAUCACCACACAACCCUCCUUGGACAGGAGAUGUCUGUCCUGCGAAAGGCUGAGAAUGAGGCCAAGCACAACCGUCAAGGUCUUUUCCAGGGUCACGUUACCCAGAAGUCGGCGGGCAACGAGAAUGAGGCGGUCGUGAGCAGGGUCCAGAGUGCCGAUACCAUAUUUUUGCGCAGCAAGGCUGGAACCGAGAAGCGUGUCAAUCUCAGCAGUGUCCGUCAGCCAAAACCUUCCGACCCCAAGCAAUCACCCUGGGGCCAGGAGGCCAAGGAGUUCCUACGAAAGAAGCUCAUUGGAAAGCAUGUCAAGUUCACCAUUGAUGGAAAGAGACCCGCCACCGAAGAGUUCCCUGAACGUGAGAUGGCCACCAUCAAGCUUCAGGACAAGAACGUUGGUUUGGCCCUCGUGGAGAACGGCAUGGCCUCGGUCAUUCGUCACCGUCAGGACGACACAGACAGGAGCCCCAUCUACGAUGAAUUGCUCCUUGCCGAGCAGGCGGCACAGGAGGCCCAGAAGGGUAUCUGGUCACCAAAACCACCAGCCACUAAGCAAUACGUCGACUACUCGGAAUCGCUAGAGAAGGCCAAGCGUCAACUCACUCUCCUCUCCCGUCAGCGCAGGGUCCCCGCAAUCGUGGAUUUCGUCAAGUCUGGUUCCCGAUUCACCGUUCUCGUCCCCCGCGAGAACGCUAAGCUUACAUUCGUCCUCUCUGGCAUUCGCGCACCUCGUUCUGCCAGGAACCCUACCGAGCAGGGCGAGCCAUUCGGCCAGGAGGCUCACGACUUUGCCAACAAGCGAACCCAGCAGCGAGACGUCGAGAUCGACGUCGAGGACUGUGACAAGGUGGGGGGCUUCAUCGGCACUCUCUAUGUCAACCGCGAGAACUUCGCAAAGGUCCUUGUGGAAGAAGGUCUCGCGUCCGUCCACGCCUACUCCGCUGAGAAGUCAGGCAACGCCAACGAGCUCUUCGCCGCGGAACAGAGGGCCAAGGAGGCACGAAGGGGCCUCUGGCACGACUGGGACCCGACCCAGGACGAGGAGGACGAAGAGACGGCCGCCGGCGCUGAGACCAGCGGCCAGGCCACUGAGGCAGUCGCCCGAAAGAAGGACUACCGCGACGUUAUCGUCACUCACGUCGACGAUUCCGGCAAGCUCAAGGUGCAACAGAUCGGCACUGGCACCGCCGCCCUCACAGAGCUCAUGAACGCUUUCCGCUCGUUCCACCUCAACCCCACCAACAACUCUCCUCUCCCCGGCCCACCCAAGGCUGGCGACUUCGUAGCCGCCAGGUUCACCGCUGACGAUGAGUGGUACCGCGCUCGCAUCCGACGCAACGACCGCGAGGCCAAGAAGGCCGAGGUCGUCUACAUUGACUACGGCAACUCGGAGCUGGUCCCCUGGACGCGCCUCCGACCCCUUACUCAGCCUCAGUUCUCUCCCACCAACAAGCUGAAGGCACAAGCCCAGGACGCCCAGCUCUCCUUCGUCCAGCUCCCGACCAAUCCCGAGUACCUCGCAGACAGUAUCCACUUCAUCUCCCAGGAGACGGCGGACAGGCAACUCGUGGCCAACGUGGACAGCGUGGACCGCGACGGCACGAUGUGGGUGACUCUGUUCGACCCCAAGGAGAGCAAGACGGGCGACCAGAGCAUCAACGCCGAGGUGGUCAGCGAGGGCCUCUGCAUGGUGCCCAAGAAGCUCAAGGCGUGGGAGCGCGCGUCGACGGACGUGCUGCAGGCGCUCAAGAAGCGCGAGGAGGUCGCCAAGCUGGAGAGGAGGGGCCAGUGGGAGUAUGGCGACUUGACCGAGGACGACUAGAUGACAACAGUCACAAUCGUCGUCUGAAACACACACACACAUUCUUAGUCUUAUCCCUUUUUCAUUUUUUGCAUAGUGGGGUGGAGGAGGAAUCAAGGCAAGCAAAAUGGAAGCAGAAAAGUAAAGGCAAUGGAAUAUCCUCAGCAAGCAUCAUUAGUGGCAGCGAACAAAAGGGGGGACUAAGUUCUGUGAACCCUUAUAUUAAAAAGUCAAUGAGAAAAAUGAAGAAAGUAAAACACACGCA